GGGAUACGCACACGAGAACUUCCGUUGAGGUGUCUAACUGGAAUUACGGCCAUUCUGGGAUGAGUCUGACGGCAAUCACGUCCAGAGCUUAGCAGAAAAAGUCCUGGUGCGAGUAUCCCCUUCGAUGCAAGCUGAGAUUUCGUUGUCUAAUACCACAGGCAGUCAUGGCUGCAUAUCAAGCACGAUGCUGUGAGCUGAUCUUCUGCACCGGCUCACUUGCACUCAUCUAUCAGGUCACGGGUAGACAUGGCGCAGGCUGUGACCAAUUCCUCCGCGUGGUUGAUCUAUGUGUAGCGUCGUUCUUGUACGUGGUGGUGUUGAUGCUCUUGUGUUGCUAUCAAGAUGAGUGUAAUGACGGGGAUUCGUUCUGUGACUCCUGUAGAGUGGUGGGUGCUGUCAGUCUUCUUCUCGUGGCCUUGCUUUCCUGUGCAUUCGGAAUCUUCGGUCUCGUGGUUUCGACAGGCGAAUAUGGUGGGCACGUGGUUGUGGGCAAGGGGUACAGGGAGUUCAAGCUGAACGAUUACUCCCACUGGAUGCAAGACAGAGUUAGAAACGAGGUUGUGUGGAGAAGAAUCAAACCCUGCCUGAUGAAUAGGCAGGAGUGCCAGAAAUUGGCGUCGCAGAAGCCUCAACCCAAAACGGGGAUCCUCCACUACAACCGACUUCAGGCCGGUUGUUGUAAACCGCCCGAUUCCUGCGGCUUCGCCCCAAUCAACGUCUCCGCAUCGCUGUACGCGAUCCCGGCCUCUUCCUCUCCCCCUUCUUUCCACGAAGGGGAAUUUGCAUCGUUGUAUGAAAGCCCUGCUUCUUCCACUUCCCCUUCUUUCGACGAAGGGGAUUUCGCAUCGCUUUACGAAAGCCCUGCUUCUGCCUCUUCCCCUUCUUUUCACGAACUUCAAGGGGAUUGCUCGGGGUUCCGCAACUCGGAGGAGAAGUGCUUCAACUGCGAUUCCUGUAAAGCAGCGUUCGUGGACACUCUGAGGUGGAGCUGGCGAAUUAUGUCUAUUAUCAAGUUGGUGAUCGGCGGGCUUGUACUUUGUCCAUUGCUCUUGGGGAUAAUGGGUCCAUUGCUCUUGGGGAUAAUGGGACUGAUAUGGAGUAGUUUAAUUCGGACCUUGAGGAGGACCUGACGGACUCUGCGUGUGCGUUAACCGUCAAUUCUCUAAUACGUCAAGGUCCUCAUUAGAUUAAGAGUAGUUUAAUGG